ACCGAGGAUGUGCAGCACGCUGUCUCCUGCAGAGGCGUGCCAGGGCGCGGGUGGGCGUGGCCGCUUACGUAGCUCCUUUCUCGGUUUCUUCACUGCGUGAGGCCGACUUGGAGGGAAGUGAACGUCGCCAAGAAGGGAGAGAAAUAGGAGAAGAAAGCAGGAACAACAACUACCCACAAAAAGCUGCCUCAGGAGCAGUGAAGUGUCUUCAUGGCAAUUCGUCGAGGACACAUUAGAUACUUGAAAGCUGACCCGCAGGAGGUUUAUGACAUGUCAAACGGUUAUGAAGACCACAUGGGAGGGGACGAGGGGAAGGACGCCAAGACCAACCUGAUAGUGAACUACCUGCCUCAGAGCAUGUCGCAGGAUGAGCUGCGGAGCCUCUUCAGCAGCAUCGGAGAGGUGGAGUCUGCCAAGCUGAUUCGAGACAAAGUCGCAGGCCACAGUUUAGGGUACGGAUUUGUUAACUAUCUUAACCCUAGUGAUGCAGACAGAGCUAUCAGUACACUGAAUGGACUAAGGCUACAGUCCAAAACUAUCAAGGUUUCAUAUGCACGGCCCAGCUCGGAUACAAUAAAGGAUGCUAACCUGUAUAUCAGCGGCCUGCCCAAGUCCAUGACUCAGAAGGAUGUGGAGGACAUGUUUUCACGUUAUGGCCGCAUCAUUAAUUCACGGGUACUGGCUGAUCAGGCCACAGGUACGACAGGUGUGUCCCGUGGCGUGGCUUUCAUUCGGUUUGACAAGCGGGCAGAGGCAGAGGAAGCUGUCAAAAACCUGAAUGGCCAAAAGCCACCGGGAGCUGCUGAGCCGAUCACAGUGAAGUUUGCUGCCAACCCAAACCAGGCGAAGAACACGCAGCUCAUCUCUCAGCUCUACCACAACCAGUCCCGACGCUUCGGAGGGCCCUUACACCACCAGGCACAGCGCUUUAGGUUUUCCCCCAUGGGCGUUGACCACAUGGGCAGCAUGGGAGGUGUCGGCGUCCCAGGAAACUCCACCUCUGGCUGGUGCAUCUUCAUCUACAACCUGGGCCAGGACGCAGACGAGAGCAUCCUGUGGCAGAUGUUCGGUCCCUUCGGCGCCGUCACCAACGUCAAGGUGAUCCGAGACUUCAACACCAACAAGUGCAAGGGCUUCGGCUUCGUUACCAUGACAAACUACGAGGAGGCGGCCAUGGCCAUCGCCAGCCUGAACGGCUACCGGCUCGGAGACAAGAUGCUGCAAGUGUCCUUUAAGACCAGCAAGGGCCACAAGUAGAAAAGGCUGGACAAUCAGGUGUAGAGGAGAGCGGGAAAUAACCUGUGCCAGGUUUUUGUUGCGAAAAAGCUGAUGAGUUUGCAAAGUCUGGCACACCAAUUUGGUUUUUGGCAUAUUCAAAGUUUCAAUAAGAAGUUCACUCUUCUGCACCUUUGUAAUUGUCUAAAAGAGUGUCCAGGUUGUUUCUGUUCCAUCAUUAUACUCUCGCUUGGGGCUUGACGACAGUUUAACAUUUUUUGGGAGUGAUAGAGAAAAAUCCCAAAUCACCGCCCAGUAUAAUUGAAAAUUAUCUCAAAAGCUUAAAUACCGUUUGUAUGUUGCAUGUGUGAGGGCUAGAGGAAAAAAAAAAAAAAAGAGAGAGAGAGACAAUUGGUUCUUAGCAGUGCUCUGAAAA